UAUAGCUACAGCGGGAUGCGGUCGCGCGCCUUGUUGUUUGUGUUCGUCACUUCAGCGUCCGCUGUCUUCACCGGGAACAAACAGUUCAUCGUACCAGUCUGUUUUGUUCCAGUAUCUCCACCCCCCUGCUGUUGCUGCUGCUUUGUUUCACCACAAACAAACCUGAAGUCCCAGCAGCAGGUUUUGUCCCAGUUGCAAUUCAAUAUGCCGAGGAACAAAUACAACCCCCCGCCGUACCAUACAAGUGGUAGCAAACAUCACAGCAGCAGACACAGGCACAAUGAGCUCAUGUCCAACCCAGCCUUUUCCUACUACCCAGGAGAGGAUCUGCCUCAGUUCUAUCUCUGGAGUUCACCGCCUGGUGUGAUGAAGAUAAUGUGCAUCAUCAUCAUCAUCAUGUGUGUGGCUAUGUUUGCCUGUGUCGCUUCCACGCUGGCAUGGGACUACGAUAUGAACAUGAUGGGUCUGGGAAGUGGAGUUGGCAUGAUGCCAGGUGGCUCAUACGGCAGCUCAUAUGGUAGCAGCAGUUUUGGCGGCAUGUAUGGAGGCACUGGUGGCAUUGCCGGCGGCUAUGGCUACGGAGGAACAUACAUGGAUCCCGUCGCUGGCAAAGGCUUCAUCAUUGCCAUCGCUGCCAUAACCUUCAUCGCUGUACUCAUCAUAUUUGUGUUGGUUAUUUCGAGGCAAAAUACUGCCCGCUCACCAAAGUUCUACCUAGCAGCCAUCAUCAUCUGUGCCAUUUUGGCGAUUCUGAUGAUGAUCGCCACUUUUGUGUACUUGGUGGCGGUGAACCCAACAGCCCAGUCCACAGGGUCUAUGUACUACAGCCAGAUCAUCCAGCUGUGUGCCCAGUACCAGACCCAGACCCAGGCCCAGGGAAUCUUCCUCAACCAAUACCUGUACCAUUACUGUGUGGUGGAGCCCCAAGAGGCCAUAGCUAUCGUCCUGGGCUUUGUUGUGUGUGUGGCCCUCAUCAUCCUGCUGGUGUAUGCAGUCAAGACUCGCUCCACGAUCAGGCGCUGGGGCCAGGACCGCAUUCUCUGGGAGGAAGUGAAGGUCCUCAAAAUUGGAACACACAACAGCGUCGGGGAGUGGGUGAACAAUGUGUCCGGUAACCCGGAUGUGAUGCUGAAUGACCAGAAUGGCAAAAUUGGGGGGUCCAGGGACUAUCUGAACCAGCUGGACCACAACAAGCCUCUUUAUAUGCCAGGAGACUCUGAAAUCAGCAGCUCUGUGGGGGUGUUGAAGCCCAGGCCAAAGGAGUAUGACACUGGUGUGGAGUCUGGAGAUGACCUGGAGGAGGACUUCACUGUUUUGUUUCCUUCCGUUGUGGAUGAGCAUGAACGUCUGACCUACAAACGGGAGUUUGACCGGGAUCACCAGGAGUACAAGAGCCUGCAGGCUGAGCUGGACAGCAUAAACCAGGACCUGGCUCACCUGGACCAAGAGCUGGACAGAUACCCUGAAGGCAGUCCACAGUUCCUGGAUGCCAUGGAUGAAUAUACCAGACUGAAGAACCUUAAGAGGUCACCUGACUAUGAGAUUAAGAAGAAGAGGUGUAAAUAUCUCCGGUCCAAACUGUCUCACAUCAAGAGGAAGAUCAGUGAAUAUGACCGCCGACCUUGAACCUUCACCUCUGAGCCCUUUAUGCAGGGGAAGAGAGAAAUUGACAAUUUCCCACCCCACUGUGUUUGUAUUUUAUCAUAAACCUUUAUGACACUACUAUAGUGAAAGUCUUUUGCUUUAUAUUACAGAAGAGAAGGAAAUUUGUUUUUUUGUUUUUUAACUAUUGUUUUUGUCUUCAACCUGUGAGUUACAUGGAGAACCAUUUAGGUGUAUGAGAAUGUAUUUUAUUUCAUUUCCCUUCCGAAUAUGUGAUAUGAGAUGUUUUGUUUCAGCAGUUAUUGUGAUUCAUUUAUAGCCUUUUUUUAAAAACAUGUUUUAUGUACAAUGAAGGCACAGCUAACAUGAGACCUAUGAAUUUGCUUGGCAUCAUAAAGGCACUGACCAUCCCUUGUAAAUGUUUAUUUUUAGUCUUUGGAAACAUUGUAAAAUGUUCAGUAGUGCACUUUUUUUUUUUUUUUUUUUGUACGGUUUUCUAUAAAUGAUGAAACCUCUGUCCUUGUUUUGUAAGUUAGACAUUUCCCAAUGUGGAUAUUUAAAAGGGAAAAGUGUAACUGAUUGAUGGUUCCAUAUGUGCCAUUAACAUUUGUCUUUUACUUCAGUUAAUUUAAUUUCUUAUUCACGUGUUAUUUAAAAGCAAAUUAACAAUCCCUACCACCAUGUCAAUUUAUAUCAUAUAUUGACAUGAUUUUCAGUUAAUGGGAAUCAUGCCUGCUGUACUGUUUGUACAAAUUAUGUGUGUGUAUGUACAUAUUUCUGAGUGCAAAAUGAUCUGCAUAAGAUACGUUUUUGAGAAAGCAGGGAUUUAAGCUUUUAAUAAAAUGGUUAUUAAUGUG